GUCUCACGCUUGUGUCGCUAGCAACGUGAACGCCUUUCGCUGAAAUAACCUAAGACCCGAUUAACUUCUAAUAGAUCAAAGGAAAACCUAUGGAUUUAAAACCAGAUAUGAAAUAUAUUUCUUCACUGUAACUUUGAGUUUAGACAUUCUGAGAACAUACCCGAACAUUUUGUAUGUGACUGUAAUUUUUUUUUAAUCCUUGUCAGUUUUUAGCUAUCCUUUUUGUGCGCAUCGUUCGUAUUUUUGGACGUAAAUGUGAGGAUAGACUUUACAGGACAAACUAUCCAAAUCAUCAGACAAGAAGUCUUGGGAAACUAAACAAAAGUUUGAAGACUUCGUAACAGACAGUAUAUGGAAGUAUUCUUAGUUUAGUACUUUAAAGUUUUACAGGCGGUGUAUAAUAUCGGGCAAGAUUUCAAUAUUAUUGAAAGCUCAAACUAAACGCCGUUAUUUCUGAUCAUUUGUGUCCUACCAAAUGUUUCGGUUUAAUACACUUAGCUAACUGGCUGCUUGCCUUGUGUGUAAGUAUAAAUACACACUUUAAAGUAAUAAUUGUAGAUGCAAUAGCCUAUUUAAAUUAAAUAAGCCGGUAUUAAGAAGCAAAUGCGUUGAUUAUUUUUUUUCCAAAUUUCAAUAGUGUCGAAUUCGGAAAUUCGUGAAGAAAAAGUUCCAAUUGAAGUAAUUGUAAUUUUUAAUCAACAAGAACAUGGAUAUGCGAUCUGAAAUCCCUACGGCCACCGCUGGAUCCCAAGUUCAUCCCGGAGCAGCUGCUGCCGCUGCCUCUAUCCCUGUCUCCAUGGCUAGCAGUCUGCUGCGGGGCCCCCCGCUACUGUUGCGGGCGACUGAGAAAUAUCCGCGCACUCCCAAGUGCGCCCGGUGCAGGAACCACGGCGUCGUGUCGGCAUUGAAGGGACACAAGCGUUACUGCCGCUGGAAGGACUGCAUGUGCGCCAAGUGCACACUGAUCGCCGAGAGGCAACGCGUGAUGGCCGCUCAAGUGGCGUUGCGCAGGCAGCAAGCUCAAGAAGAAAACGAAGCCCGCGAACUGCAGCUGCUUUACGGUACAGCGGAGGGGCUAGCGCUGGCCGCUGCCAACGGUAUCAUUCCACCUCGCCAGAAUUAUGAAGUCUUUGGUUCUGUGAGCAACGAGACAAACUCUGAUGGAAAUGUUCAAAAAUUUGAACUGUUUCCAAAAGCCCAAAUGCAAAGAUCUGUCACGCCACAACAACAGACUAUUGGGAAGUCCGUGUCCACCGAUAGUGAGUCUGUUCCCGGGAUUUCCUCCCCUGAAAUCAGACACGGGUCUGGUUCUGAAAAUGGAGAUGGAGAGUCCUUCAUCAGCUCCCCUGUUUCCAAGGCCCUGAAAGAUGGAGAAGAGACCCCUGGUUCGGUCAGUCCACUGGGCUCCGAUUCUGGGUCUGAAACUGAGAAAGAUGAGCAGGAGCCCUCGCCGUCCUCAGCCAGCGCCAGGCAAAUGAACGCCAUCGACAUUUUGACGAGGGUCUUCCCUAGUCACAAGCGGAGUGUCCUCGAGUUGGUUCUACAAGGCUGUGGGAAGGACGUGGUGCAAGCCAUAGAGCAAAUCCUCAACAACAGCGGGCAGCCUAAGGUCCCCGAAGAGUCCUGGGCUGCUGAGCGGAUGCUGCAAAGUAUGCAACCGCAGUCAGCUUCUGCCCCCCGGCCCAUGUUACCCGGAGCCAUGACUCUAAGCAACAGGUCUGCGUUCUCCCCCCUGCAGCCGAACGCAGGGCACUUUGGCACAGAUCCCGGGGCCUACCCCUUAAGCACCCACCUGGGACUCAACCCCCUGAGGCUAGCUUACUCGGCCCACAGCAGAGGACUCGCCUUCAUGACUCCCUACUCCACUGCAGGUUUGAUGCCGACUCUCGGUUUCCGGCCUCCCAUGGACUACGCCUUUAGUGACUUGAUAAGGGACAGAUCGAUUUUGCACAAAGACCAGGGUUACACCAACGGACUGUAUGGGCCAUUGGUGAACAAUACCCCCGACAAGCAGUGAGUGACUGUUGGAAAGUCGUGCUUGUGACUUGGUGGGGGUACAGCUCAAUUAUGAAUGCAGAAGGACAUGAUGAGAUAAUCCAUAGCCAAAAGUGUUCUGCUCUUAGUGGGGAAAUAGAAGAGGUGGUUGGAGACGGAUGAUCCUAAUGGCUCUGGCCUGUACAGACUUUUCUGUUAAAUACGUUAACCUGUCAUGUAGAGCCUGUUCCUAACGUCUGCCCAAAAUCUAUAUAAAAAGUGCCACAAAUUAAAAUUAUUGCAUAUCCGUUAAUUACCAAACAAAGCCCGUACACAAACACCUCCUUAACUUGCAAUUGGUGCAUAGGUAAACUGUUUAAAUCAAUUGUGGUUCUUAAUCAUUGUUUGGUUUGGUGCUGGAUUAAACCAAUACUCAUUAAACCAUUACUGCUGAAGCCUCAUAAGCAACUGGGUGGGAUGAGGAGAUUUUGACAGAGAAAAAAGAAAGAAAUGCUAUCAUUAUCUGUCUUGUACAUUGUGAAUUGCAGUUUGGUUGUUUCUAUAUGAAAUCCCAUUUUACAGGCUCCAUUUAAACUCAAAAGGUCACGCUAUAAUCAUCUAUUGAGAAUACAGUUACAUUUUAUUGAUAUGUUCUUUUUCACUCUUUGCCUGUUAUUUCUAUUAUGAAAGCUUUCGCAGCUAUAGUUACUAAUAUUGUCACCAAUGUGGGGCUUAAAUAAGUGUCAGUCCUUUAAAUGUACCCAUGUUUUAAAAAGCACAUUCUAAGUUAUUGCUCUAAUGUGUAGCUAUUUUUCUUGUGUCGAUAACAUAACAGACAGUUUAAACUAAUUAAUUUUAGGCAUUUUCUUUCUCGUGCCUCCUUGUAGUUCUUCUACAAAAUAUUGUAUAUUACAUUUCUAGAUGAUUAUAUUUGUAAAUGUACUUUACCCAACAUAAUCAGCAAAAAAUAGUUCUAUUUGAUGAAAUCGCCAUUCUUAUACGUGCUUUAAGUCUUGCUUUCCUUUUGUUGUCAGCUGUACAGUCAUAUAAUGUGUUGCAUUUGCUAGAAAUAAA